AUGCAGCAUGAACAUCAUCGCGUUCCGGUCACGGCACUGGCCCUCUGGAACUACGAUGUUCUGCUCGCUGGAUCGGGGAGCACUCUGAGCCUCUAUGACGCCAAGACCAAAAUCCUACUGCAAUCUGUACCUGUCUUCGAGGGACAGACCAUUCAUGGCAUACUCGUGAACAGCGAGCGUCUCGGUCAUGUCCUGGUAUGGGGAGGCCAGUACCUACGACAAUUUCACUUCAGCUCUGGGCUGCGUCAUCUUCCUUUCCGCUAUGAAGCAAGUGAAAUUGUAGCAGCCCGGGACUGGAUAUUAGAUGCUGCUGUCUUUCCAGGAGACCCUCGAAGGGCGGCCAUCAUCACUGCCCACAAUUCGUUGACUAUCGCGACGGGACUUCCAAAGUCCCUGGAGCUAGACCUGAAAGAGGUAGUACCUGGCUCCAAUUGCAUCUUGUACUGCGCUCAAGUAACAUGGCUAAGUCAUUCAUCGUGUCUCAUUGCUUCAGGAACUGCUUUUGGCGAUAUCAUAGUGUGGACGUUGCACUUUUCACAAGAUGACCUUUCAUGGAAACAUCAGACGCAUUAUUCGUUCUCCGCUCACGAUGGAUCAGUCUUUGGUGUGCAGAUAUCGUCGCCCGAGCACAAGGACAUGUUGGGCGGCCGGCAGAGGGUGCUGGCUAGCUGCAGCGACGAUAGAACGGUGCGGCUAUGGGACAUCUCCGAUCUCUCCAUACAAGAUGACAAUCGUAUGCAACGAGAAACUGGCUUCGGGUCUACUGUAAGCAAAGAUGAUCACAUGCCCACCUGCCUGGCCAAGCAAAUGGGUCACAUCUCCAGAAUCUGGCAAAUACGAUUUGUCCGAGGUGACAACAAUCUCAAUCUGCUGUCCUUUGGGGAGGAUGCAACAUGUGUGUCCUGGACAAUACAAGUAGAGGCUGACUCUUCCGUGGCUAUGAAGCAAGUCCGUGUUCAAAAGGCCCAUGAUGGUAAGAACAUUUGGUCGGUGGCAGUCCGCCCUGGGAUGAGCAGUACGAGUGAUGAUAGCACUCCUGUCGGUGGAUGCAUAGUCACGGGGGGCGCGGAUGGUGCUAUUGCUGUCGCUCAGGUCGACAGCUACGAUCGCUCCAAAUCGCAAGCUCCGGCUUCCGCAACGCCUUACCGAGCUUUUGGCUUCAUUUCUUCCCAUACGAUCGUGGCAAUCACAGAUUUAGGAAGCUUGGAGCUUCUCAACCUCAGGCUGAUGGAAGGCACCGUGGCGAGCAAGCCGAUUAGUACACAUGUGCCUCAAUUACGCGGAUACUCUGCUAUGGCUUCCAUACCGGGUAUAGCAUUUUUUGCUGGUAAAGGUGAGGUCUACUACUACACGCUGAGAGACACCCAACAUCACGUUCUUGUGGAUGUAGGCGAGAAGGUGGCGUCAUUGUUCGCACAAGAGAUCGCAGACGAUCGGUAUGAAACAGCACAAUGCAGUCUCCUGGUCACUACAGUAAAAACCAAGGCUGCAACAUGGUACCUCUGUAAGAGACACGAUGAACCUGAGAUCAUCACAAUCACGGAUACUUUCGAUGUGGAGUUGCCACAUGGGUUUGUGGUUACGAGCUUUGUUGAAUUUGCGUGGCGAGAGGGAAGAUGGAUGGCACUCGGCUCACGAUCUGGAUGCGUAGCCAUCUACGAUCUACGAUCCAGAAGCGAGAACGCAAGACCUGUACAGCAUCUUAUGCUAUAUCCUGGUGUACACGGCAAAGAAGCAGUCACCGCACUGUUGUGCUCCUCUGAUAUCCUCUUUUCCACUGGUCGUGAUGGAACAUACGCAGCGCACAUUAUUGAAUCUUCGGGUCAGAGUUCCGACGACUCAGACAGCUCCUGUGCAAGUGUUAUCAGCCUGCGCCCGAUACACCAGCUAUCGCUGCCACUAGGACCCAAUAUAGAGACACUCAUCAUUGCUCCGGACGGCAAUAUCUGGGUCUGCGGCUUUCGAGGAAAACAGUUCGUCAUCUGGGACACUCGUACACAAGAGGAAGUCAUGGUCGUAGAGUGUGGUGGUGCCCAUCGCAGUUUUGCAUUCCAGGCAGGGACUGAUGGCGGCACGUUCGUCUGGACGAAAGCAUCUGAACUGCACUACCAACAUCAAAGCCAGCGCCCGUACUGCUUAUUGGACAGUGGUGGUCACGGCCGAGAGAUCAAAGCCUCGGCCAUGUCCCCUAUCAACUCGAGCCUGGUAGCAACUGGGGCUGAGGAUACCAACAUCAAGCUACAUGUGCUCGAUAGUGGCAGAUGGCGAUGUGUGCACACACUUCAGAAGCACAUCACAGGCAUCCAACACCUCCAGUGGUCCGAGGAUGGAAGGUAUCUCUUCUCAAGCGGAGGCGUGGAAGAACUCUACGUUUGGCGAAUCAGCCAUGAUGUCUUAGAAUUGGGCAUAGGCGUGCUCUGCGAAUCCAUAUAUCCCUUCAGCACGGCCUCUGAUCUGCGUAUCAUGAACUUUGAUGCCCGAAAUGUCGAACGCGGGUUCCAUAUAACGAUAGCAUACUCCAACUCUGCCAUUUCCAAGUGGCAAUACCGAGAUAAGACCUGGACACUGUUAGCGAAUGGGGACUAUCUGACUUCCUGUCUAACGCAAUGCCUCCAUCUGAGCUUUCAUGACGGUCGACUCGACGCACAGCAGGAAAUUUUGUACACAGCAAGCACAGACGGACAUCUCGUUUCCUGGAGCUCACCAUCUCCCAGUACAUCGCAACAACCAGGCCUUCUCACCUGGCACACCAGACACAAAGUGCACCAGAACGCGAUUCUCAGUUUGACCUCGCAUAAUCUAUCACCAGAUCGCCACAUACUAAUUACAGGAGGCGACGACAAUGCCCUCGCUUUGACGCUCAUAUCAUCUCAACCUCGCUCCGAGACAUCUGAGGAGAGGAGUAAUGAAGCUACAAUACACACUCUCCUCAUCCCCCAAGCCCAUGCCGCUGCCGUGACGGCACUCCAAAUUGUGCGUCACGAGGGAAAUGAAAGCUUGUGGUUCGUGAGUGGGAGUAUCGAUCAGAGGAUUAAACUAUGGAAAGUUGAGUUUGGGGAUGGAGAAGGAGUAGAAGGGGUUGAUAUCGCACUGAAGAAGAAUGUGCAUACUGCUGUGGCGGAUGUUUCUUCGAUGGAGCUUGUGGGACGGGACAGGGUUUUGGUUUGUGGUGUUGGGAUGGAUUUGUGGAGGAUUGAUUGGGAACGAAUGGGUCAGUAGUUAGGUGUAGGGGGAGAGGGGGAGAGGUAUUGUCGACUUGCAUGAAGGGAG